GUGUAAGCGCGCAAGAGCCUAAUUUCCACCACCUUUCCGUUCAAAGCACCCCACCCGCUUAGCACACUAUAAAUUCCUCUCCACGCACCUUCUCCCAUCAUCAUUCAGUUCAUUCUCUCUUUCCUGCUGCAUAUGUCUCAGAGACCUAACGUCCCCCACUUCUCUUCUGUAGCCUUUGGUCUCCAUUCCCAUCUCCUGGUUUCCAGUGAGAUGAACCCAAAUUCUAACUGGUCUUGUAUUUCCCAUUAAAGAAUCUUAGAUCUUUCUUUCUCUGAUUGUUGCUUUGUUUCUUUUCCCUGAAAAAGACAAGAAAACCUCAUAAUUUUGCCAUUCUUUAAUUUAUUACCGACGAUUCUUGUUGUUUUGAUUCUUGGCAAGCUUUUGAAAAAUGGGUUUGAAAGGUUUUGUUGAAGGAGGCAUAGCUUCAAUUGUUGCUGGGUGCUCCACUCACCCUCUGGACCUCAUCAAGGUCCGUAUGCAACUCCAAGGGGAAACCCACGCACCAAAUCCUGCCGCCGUCCAAACUCUCCGGCCGGCUAUCGCUUUCCACACCACCACUCCUGGAACCACCAUUCAUUUGCCUCAACAACCAUUACCCGUUCCAGCACCUCGUGUGGGUCCCAUCGCUGUCGGUGUCCGCAUCGUACAGCAAGAAGGUGUAGCCGCGCUUUUUUCAGGUGUCUCUGCCACCAUGCUCCGCCAGACCCUCUAUUCCACCACCCGCAUGGGGCUCUACGACAUCUUGAAACAGAAAUGGACCGAUCCUAACACCAAAACCAUGCCUUUAGCUAGCAAGAUUGCUGCAGGGCUUAUAGCUGGUGGCAUCGGUGCAGCCGUUGGAAAUCCAGCCGAUGUUGCGAUGGUCCGCAUGCAGGCAGACGGGCGUCUGCCACCAGCUCAGCGCCGGAACUACAAGAGCGUGAUCGACGCAAUCACACGCAUGGCAAAGCAAGAAGGCAUUGCUAGCCUGUGGCGCGGGUCAUCGCUGACAGUCAACCGGGCUAUGCUGGUGACAGCAUCGCAGCUAGCAUCAUACGACCAAUUCAAGGAAAUGAUCCUGGAAAAAAGAUUGAUGCGCGAUGGACUUGGAACCCACGUGACAGCAAGUUUCGCGGCGGGAUUCGUGGCAUCGGUAGCAUCAAAUCCAGUGGACGUGAUAAAGACAAGGGUGAUGAACAUGAAGGUGGAAGCAGGGGAGGCGCCACCGUAUGCAGGGGCGUUAGAUUGCGCAAUAAAGACUGUGAAGGCGGAGGGUCCGAUGGCGCUGUACAAAGGUUUUAUACCAACGAUUUCGAGACAAGGCCCUUUCACGAUUGUACUGUUUGUGACACUGGAACAGGUUAGGAAGCUGUUCAAGGAUUUCUGAUGACGACGAAAAAGGAACUUAACAUCGCGUCUUUGAAUGUUGGGAUUUAAAAAAAAAAAAAAAAAAAAAAAAAAAAUUAUAUAUAUAUAUAUAUAUAUAUAUAUAUAUAUAUAUAUAUAUAUAUAUAUUAUUUGUGCUUUAAUAUUGAGAAGGAAUUAAGCUCCCCAACUCUGUAGGGAUAAUUGAAUUAAUUAUGUAGUAUUUUAUAAAAUAUUAAGUAAUAAUCUUUAAUUUGUCUUCCUUUCUUGAUUGUAUUAAUUAGUGUUUGAAAAUUGCUGAAGAACAAAAAGCAGAAGUCCAAUGAGAUCGAA